CUGAAACCAACCCUAAAGGCUAGAAUUCACGAACAAGUACUACAAAGUAAAGUUAACACAAACUCUAAUAGCCAACCAACUAACCAAUACUUACCAACUUUGGCAGUAAACCACAUAUUCUCCUUUCUUACGCCUUCCGGUUUCUUAUCAUCUAGCAACGUUCUAAGAAAUAGAAUAACAGAAAUGCAAUCAUGUACCGAAACAAAAAUCAGGUGUGCAGUUGUUACCGGUGGAAAUAAGGGAAUUGGAUUUGAGAUUUGUAGACAAUUAGCUUCAAAUGGGAUUUCGGUUGUGUUAACAUCUAGAGAUGUAACUAAGGGUUUAGAAGCUGUUGAAAUUCUCAAGAAUUCAUUUGGACUUUCUAAUGUUGUUUUUCAUCAACUUGAUGUCAUGAAUCCUAUUACUAUUUCUUCUGUAGCUGAAUUUGUGCGAAGCCACAUUGGAAAGCUUGAUAUCUUGGUGAAUAAUGCUGGAAUUUCUGGAGUUAGAACUGAUGCUGCUGGUGUUGUGAUGAUGAUACAAGCUCUAGUUAAGAUGGAGCAGAACAAGGAGAAAACAAGUCUGAAACAAGUGAUGACGGAUACUUAUGAAUUAGCAGAGGAAUGUAUCCAAACAAAUUAUUUCGGCGUCAAAUCGGUGACUAAAGCAUUUAUUCCUUUACUUCAACUCUCUGAUUCACCAAGAAUUGUUAAUGUUUCCUCUGGCGCCGGAAAGCUGAAGUUUAUCUCCAAUCAAAAGGCUUUGGAAAUUCUCAGUGAUGGCGAUGGCUUAACCGAAGAGAGAGUGGAUGAGAAUGUCAACAUGUUUUUAAAGGAUUUCAAGGAAGAUUCCUUGGAAACAAAAGGAUGGCCAUCAUGUCUACCUGCGUAUUCAAUCUCAAAAGUAUGUUUGAAUGCCUACACAAGGAUAUUAGCAAGGGAAUUUCCAACUUUUCGCAUAAAUUGCGUGUGUCCUGGCUGGGUCAAGACGGAUAUUACCUACAAUACUGGAGUUUUUACUACUGUAGAAGGUGCGAAAAGAGUCGUGGAUUUGGCUCUUGUACCGGGCGAUGGACCUUCCGGCCUCUACUUUACCAAUGGAGAAGUAACACCAUUUUGAUACAUAUUGCGAAUUAGCAGCAAGAAAGAUGUCAUUUCAAAUGUUUUAGCUCUACAAAUUCCUAGAUCAUAAGUAGCGUUAUGAUCUUAUUCACUUUGUAUGCUUGGUAAAUCUAGCACAAAUAUUUGAUUCAAUUAAUUAAUUCCCAGCA